AUGUUGAGCCCGGUCACCAUUCAGGAAACGGAUAUUGUGUCCGAUGACGAGUACCCAGCGGAGCCUCACGGAACCGUCGAAUCCACCUACAAAGACUUCAAUUUCGUGAAAAAACGCCAGAGAUGCAAACUGCAAGCCGUCAUCCAGCCGGACGUCCGAAUUAGAGGAACGGCCCGAAUUGCUGCGGAUAACACGUUUGACGUGUGCGUCGAGCAAGAGGGAGAUUCCGCCGAAUUCCGCGUGCACGUCUACAGUAUGCAAGCGGACUGCACGGCGCUGACGAUUCUGGUUGAUGAUUUAUCGGAGAGAGCCCCAUCCCUCCGCCAAAAUCUCGACGACUUCACGGAGACGUCGAGUUUCGACGAUUUCGAGGAGAUUCGAGAUUUGUCUGACGAUGAUGAGGAUGACUACACUGAUCUCCCCGAAACCGCCGGGGUAACGGUAUCGAUUAUCGCGAGAAGCAUGCACGAUAUGGUGGACGCGGCGUUGGAGGAGAUUCCGUGGGGUGAGGUGGAGAUGACGCUACCGUACGCCGAACACGCCAUGGUCAGGAGUAUGGACUCGGACUCGAAAAUGUCCAGUGUACAGUUCAACGUGACCGUCUCCGAGUCGAACGACGCCGAGCAGAAGAAGAAGCUGAAGAGCCAGGACUCGUUCCGCAGCUCGAAAUGCUCGGUGGAUGAGGAAAAAACGGAAUCGUCGGCGUUAAGCCUGAAUAUACCUUCCUACGUUAUUCGACUGGGCAGUACUGCUACGAUCACUUGCGAAUUAAACAAUUACCUACCGUCCAACUCGAAAAUCGAAUGGAUGAAGGGAAGGGAUACGGUAGAGCGAUGCCCCGGAAAAGUCGAUAGGAUUUCGCACGAUCUGCUCGAAGUCCUCGUCAUUUCGCAGGUGAAGCUCGAGGACUCGGACAUGUACAGCCUUGUUGUCAACGACGAGGCGUUUCCGGUGGCGUAUCUUGUCGUCGAAGAGCCGGGCUCUGGCGAGGACUCGACGGCCGAGACCGAAAAUUCCGCUUCUUUCCUAUCCCCGGCUCAAACGCUAUUUGUGAUGGAUGGGCAGCCGGCGGUGUUAAGUGUCCAGAUCUCAGAUGCAAAUCAGAAAAUCAUCUGGAUGAAGGAGAGGAAGCCGUUAAAGGAGGACGGACGGAUACACUUCAUCGAGACGAUCGAUGGGUAUAAAAAGGCGAUAUUUGCCCAUACCACCACGGCAGAUCAAGGAACAUACUACGCAUACCUCGGCGAUCGCUUCACGGCGAUUACCCUUGUGGUAGAAGAAAGAAUCGACGAGCGUGAGGUUACGGUAAUCGCUUCCGGAACGGAAUCGGAGCAAGAAGAAGAAAUGCGGGAGUAUUUGGUCCCGCCCGGAUCCACGGCUACGAUAGCCUGUGAGCUGGAGGAAUCUGAGGAGGAGCGCCAGCUCAUCUGGAUCAAAGACGAGAGGCGGAUAGAAUUUGGAGAUGAGGCAAAGGUGGAACACGUGAUCAACGGCUGCAAGCACUACCUGGUCAUCCACGACACGGAGCCGCCCGACUCGGGCCUGUACUCGGUGGCCAUCCACGGCCUCGAGUUCAAGGUGGCCCAUCUGGCCGUCUCCGACAUGGCCACCACACACACCAAUUUGCGCCGCAAACGCAUUUCCAAUACGUCGCUGAGC